GACAACCAGCGCAGCGACAUGACCAGCAAACAGACUUUCCUCGGCCCCGGAGACUCCAUCGGCGAGGGAGACACUUACGUUUUGUAUGACUUUCUGCCGCCAGAAUUGGCGGACACGGCUCUCGAGAACUUGCUCAAGGAAGUGCAGUGGAACAAAAUGUCGCACAGAGGUGGCGAGGUUCCUCGGCUUGUGGCUGUCGAAGGCACACUCCUAGAAGACGGAAGCCAGCCCUUAUAUCGCCAUCCAGCGGACGAGUCUCCUCCGCUUCUCCCUUUCUCUCCCACCGUUGAGCGUAUACGACGACACGUCGCGAAGAUCCUGAACGAGCCCGUGAACCACGCGCUCAUUCAACACUACCGAAACGGCUCAGACUACAUCUCGGAGCACUCAGACAAGACAGUCGACGUCGCUCGUGGCUCCAAGAUCGUCAACGUCAGCUUGGGCGCCCAGAGGAUCAUGACGCUUCGCACCAAGAAGGACGCGCUCGCGAACUCGAACGCCGACCUGGAUACGUCUAACUCCGACGCCCCUAAACGGCGUGUUCAGCGGGUGCCUCUUCCACACAACUCGAUCUUUGUCAUGGGCCUACGGACGAACGCGCGGUGGCAGCACGGCAUCGCGCGGGCUCCCGAGCGCGAAAAAUUCGGCGAACGCAUCAGCCUCACCUUCCGCACCAUCGGCACAUAUCUGACGCGCGACGAGCGGCAUAUCUUUGGCCAGGGCGCAAAGGGGAAGACACGGGAGGAGGCUAGGCCAGUCGUGCGUGGGGGCGAGGAGAGUGAGAAGCUCAUAAUCGCGUUUGGUGCGGAAAACCAUCAGAGCGACUUUGAUUGGGACGCGCACUACGGGCAAGGUUUCGACGUGUUGCACUUUCAGUCUGCGCAGCCCAUCGAAUGAUACUUGCAGGGGUUGCAUAGGCACUUGUGAGUCUGGACAUGUAUGGAUAGGUAUAGGUGUUGCGAUUACGUGACAUUUGGAAAGAAGAGCCUCUUCUAUGGUGGAUUGACG